CAGAGACUGGAAAACAUGGGUGUGAAGCUGCUUGAGUCCCGACUUUGUCUCCUGCUGCUGCUGGGACCUGUCCAAAUGGUUGCCUCAUUCCAGAUCCCACCAAAUUUAACCCCUUACCAGUGGUUUGAAAUCCAGCAUGUAAAUAAUAGAACCAACCUCCGAUGUAGUGCUGCAAUGUGCGUGGUUAAUGGUUGUACAGGACAAUGGAAGGACAAAAACACUUUUCUUCAUACAUGCUUUGCUGAUGUUGUUUGUGUGUAUGGCAGUAUAAAUACUACAUUCAGUAGCAGUACAUGUACAAAUUGUCAUAAUAGUUCAACUCUGGAAUCUUUAACUUACUGUAACCUCACAACUUGGACAACAAAUCAUAUGCAAUGCUAGUACCAAACAACAUAAGCAAUGAUGUUCUACAGAGCUGCUUGUAACAGUAGAACUCUAUGGGACAAUCAUACCUAUCCAAUGGUUCCAGUUCACUUGGAUACUCAUACCACAGUAGGAUGCAACUGCUUUUCAUUUGUUCUGCUUGCUGAAGGCUGCCUACAAUGUAUGAUAAUGAAGCCUAAUCCUCAGCUUCCUUAG